GGUGCUCUAAGAAACCUUCCUGAUAAAGUACUUAAUAACAACUUUAUAAGAGUCAAAUCAUCAUCUUAUUUAUUAUUUCAUCCGUUCGACAUUACAACCAUGAGACAAUCCCUGAGCUACUUGCUUUUGGCCCUACUCCUGGCUUCUUGCUGCUGGGCUUGCUCUUCCUCCUGCUGUUCUUCUUCGCCUUCUCCUCUGCCCUUUGGAGUUGAAGAAUGCAGGGACACUUCGCUGAUGGACGCUUUUGACUCUGCUCUCGCCAUCAUUAAAGCCAAUGGUAGCUACGCUGAGAUCUUUGCACCUGAACUCAGCUCAGGAGAACUGUUCAUCCCCUUGGAUUGUGCCGCCAAUCCGAGCCUCUUCCCGUUCCCUGCACGCACACCAGGCACCCUCUUGGAUACCGUACUCAGCCGUGGAACCAUUCGAAUGAUUAGUUUCGCACCCGAUGAUCCUGAGCUAGGCCCACUUAUGAAUCUGAUGGUUUCGAUCAUUUCCGACCACUACGGCGUCCCCUUGACGCGGGUGGUGUUGGCAUUCCCGGACAACUCCACCAUCGCCAUUGAGAUGCUUAUCGCUGGUAUCGUCGACCUUGUAGGUCCCGACUUCUCGUUAGGCGGGGAGUUCAUGGGCAUCGCCAGGAAGCGUGUCACCCAACAGUCCUGCGCUACUCUCGACGGCUUGGGGGUCUUCACCGUGCUGGAUAACUCUCCAUUCACCUCUUUUGCAGACCUCCAAGCCGCCCCCACGCUGACCACCUUCACCAACGCCGCAGGCGCCGCUACCGUCUAUUCUUCCGUGUUACCAAACCUGGAAAUUACCGCCGUGGAUGCGACGAUACCCGAUGCCGAUCUCGUGGCCGCCUUGCGAGCUGGCACGAUUGAUGUGGUGAUCAACCUCAGCGUGGACUAUCUGGCCUCGGAGAGCAUUGACGUGACAGGGCUCAGGAGCUUCUCCGGCGGCUUCGAUGAUCCUAACGGGUCGCUCUUCGCCAUUCGCUGCCUGCCGAAACACUGCUGCGGCAAGAAGAACAAGAAGUGGGAGAAGUCGACAUGA